UAUCACGCCGGGCAGUAAUCGCUAUCGCGCCAUGCGUGAUAAACGCCACCGGCCAAAAUGUUUCCAAGUCGCAGACCGCUCUCGUUCUCUUGGUGGCAUCGCAGCUCGUUCCGGUUGGCGUUCUGCGGGGACGUUUGACAUCGACAGCAUCGUUUGAGCUUCCGAAAAGCUGAUGUAUGGACGAGCGGCCGGCACGCCAGAGGUGGAGGUUACUAUCGCGGGACAUUAACCCAGCAUGGAGCACAAGGACAUUCGUACGGCGCAGACCACGGGAGCAACCAGCUCUUGUUUCCGCAUUGGCUGCAGCGUCGGCGCUCACAAUGAGAGCCCGUCCAUCGAGGAUUACGAACCACAGACCUACACCAAGGAGGCGUUUGAAGUCUUCGAGGUCCUUUGGCUUCAGCGGAAGCUGUGCGACGUCGAGAUCGAAAUCGCCGGAGAAGGAAGCAUUAAAGCGCACAGAAUUGUACUGGCAGCGCUGAGCCCGUACUUCAGGGCCAUGUUCACCAGCGACCUGAAAGAGAGCCAGAUGGAAAAGAUUCCCAUUCACGGGGUCGGUUUCCACACCAUGGGAAAGAUAAUCAAGUUCGCUUACACUGGCCGUAUUAAGGUGGAGGAAAGCAAUGUCUGCCAACUCUUGCCCGCCGCCAACAUGCUUCAGGUACAGCACGUAUCCCAUGCCUGCUGCAGAUUUUUGGAACACCAACUGGAACCUUCCAACUGUAUUGGGAUUGCAGACUUCGCCCUGCAACAUGGCAUGAUGGGUCUCUAUUCUCUUGCAAGCUGUUUCAUCGAGCAACACUUUCCCAGUGUGAGUAGACUGGAAGAGUUCCUGUCGCUGCCUUACGGACGUCUGGUGACGUUGCUGCGCAAAGACGAGCUGUACGUCCGCUGCGAGUCCGAAGUGUUCGACGCCGUGGUGCGGUGGGCGCUACACGACGAAGAGAACAGGCGCAUGCACCUGGAACCGGUGCUGCAAGCCGUUCGAUGCCACUUCUUGGCGCCACACUUUUUACAGGAGCAACUGCGAAGCUGCGCGAUCGUCCGCAGUCAUCAACGCUGCUGCGAUUAUCUCUCCAAAGUAGUGCAGGACCUCACCGUCCAUCGCAAGUACAGCUGCUGUCACGAGCGGUGUCCUAGUGUUCCUUGUGUCCUGUACGUUGCUGGUGGCUACCUACAGCGUUCCUUAGGCGCUGCAGAAUGCUACAGCGCCGCUACAGAAUCCUGGACUGUCCUACCCGACUUGCCCAUAGGUCGAAGUGGACUAGCGUCUGCUUUUCUUGCUGGACGAUUCUACGUUGCUGGAGGUCGCGUGCUUCGCCCGCCGCGUGAAUUGGGCGACGACACUUCCGCGGUUCACUGUUACGACCCUGCGCAGAAUGAAUGGAUCGAGUGCAAGCCCAUGGGUGUUCCCAGGCAUCGGCUCGCCAUGGGAGUGCUGGAUGGCAGGCUGUAUGCCGUUGCGGGAUCACACGGCAAAGACUGUCUGCGGAGCGCAGAGAGGAAGGUUUGCCGAAGAAGAGGACACAACGGAAAGCAAGUAGACAGGACGAGCGCUCCUAUAACUCGAUAUGUACCAACUAGUCCAAGAGAGCGUUGUCAAUGGAUUUCUUCUUUGCCGUUAACCACAAGCGGCGGUAUGACCAUAUUUGGUCCUCUCACACAACACGUAGGCACAGUGUGUGACGUAUUCUUCAGUGGCCCACAAAUAACUCUUGACGUAUCAGACUUCAGAGCCUGCUCUGUCCUUCACUUACAUGUGCAGCCCUUGAAGGGAAUGGACCACGCAUUCAACAGCGGCUUUCUGAGUUCUAAGUUUCCCUUCAGGUACGAUCACGAAAAAGAUGCAUGGUCCCCCGUAGCAAGCUUGAUGCAUCCCAGAUUUGGUCUAGGCGUGGCCGUUGUCCGGAGACUGCUGUAUGCUAUUGGAGGCUGCAAUGGGUCUUACAAGUUGAGCACCGUCGAGUGCUACAACCCAGAGACGGACUGCUGGUCAACGCUUACUCCUAUGAAGAUCGCAAGAAGCGGCGCUGGAGUCGUGUCGCUUGGCAACCGCAUCUAUGUCAUUGGAGGCUUCGAUGGACGAGGGCAAGUGAACAUCGUUGAAUGCUACCAUACGGAGACAGACACAUGGGAAAUGGUAGCACCUCUCAAGACAAAACGCAGCGCCCUCAGUGCAGCAGUUCUUGACGGCAAGAUCUACGCUUUGGGGGGCUUCGAUGGCCAGGAGUACUUGUCAAGCGUUGAAGUAUACGACCCUGAAAACGAUACCUGGUCUACUGCUCCGCAAAUGCCCACGUGCAAGAGUGGCCAUGCUUCCGCCAGCUCAAGAGCACCCUGCAUCGCUCAUGGCAUCACAUAAUUACGUCAGGCAUUCGCACAUGGUGGCACUAACCACACUUCCCAAUACAGAAAUCUACCAAAGAGUGCAAGGGAACUGCAUUCCUUGCACAACAGACAGCAAAGCGUGGUUGAAAUGUAGAGUAAAAGUGAAUUUUUUUCGUGCGGAACUAUUUUUCGUACGCUACAAAAGAGCGCAAGUUUAAAGUAGCAUGGAAGGGCUAAGAAAACAUAUGAUGCUGAUGAUGAUGAUUUAAAUCUUUUUGGUGCAAAAGCCACUUGAGCUACACUUGGGCUAGGAUAACCAAUGCCCUUAAAACAUAAAUAUGUAAGGAGGAGUACAAAUUUGGAUUACAGGCCCUGAAAUGCAUACGAUUCGCACAAAAACCACACUCCCCUCGGCUGCCAGUCUGUGAUGUCACGUCACCCAUCCAAUAACGACGCAUAUACCUUCUUUUUCCUUCAUUUUUGCAGUUAUAUCUGGCGCCACCUAUCCCGAGUCAAUCACUGAGCAACUGACCGGUCGCUUUGCUCCCUUGCCAUAGCAGGCGAUUUUCAGCAGCCAAUAAAAGUGCUCAAUAAUUUGAAUUCACAACAUUCCAGAAGCAGUGGGAAGAGAUCACUACCCAUCUCUCAGGAAAUACUAUGCGCAAUAGCAAUAUUUUGCGUGAUAGUUUCUACACAUAGUAUGUUCAUAUCACACGGUAAAUUGAAUAUCGUGUGGUAAAAAAUGUGUGCUCGAGGUGCCUGCCACGCUCCUUAAACUUCCAGAGAUAUUCUACAGACAUAUUGUCUGUUGAUGCUGCAGUAUCACGUUCUUUGCUAUGUACUGAAGUUAAGAAUUUGUUUCUGACAGUACCUGCUAGAAGCUUAAAUUCAUUGCAGGAAAUUCUUAACACAAGCGAUAUAGUGAACUGUUUCAGUGUUCCGACCAACUUCACCAUAAAGAGGCUCUACUGUAGUUAUUUUGCAGAUAUAGUCAUCAGUAUUGCUACUCAUGUGAGGAUCACUAUAGACUGUCUUCACUGUUUUUCUCUACAAGUAACAUGUCUCUAUGUAAUGGGUAUUAUUCAUCAUUAUGUGAAUAUUGUACAGGAACUGCUUAUUCUAGAAGAUGUACAUAUGGGUGCCUCUUGCAUGACAUGCAAUCAAUAUAUCCUCCUCACAGAAACGUUUCAUUAAAAAUGCAUGAAUGAGUCA